AUGAUAAUUUAUUAUAUAUUUGGACUUCUUUUGUAUUGUAUAAAUGCAGCACUUGAUUAUCCAACAGCUUGUGAUUGCAAUGAACAUAUAGAUAAAGAGGCAUGUGAAAGUCAUAAUUGUUUUUGGACAUAAUCUGAAUGUAGAAUAGCUGAAUGUAAUGAAAGAUCAUUAUAGAAUUGCAUAAAUGCAUCUUAAUUUUUGAGUUAAAAUCCACAUUAUUGUUUUAUUAAGAAUGGAAGAUGUGAUAAAUUAAUGAGAUGUGAAGAUCUUCAAAUAAAUUAAAAUAAUAUUGGAUAAGCUAGAGAAUAAUGUUAAUUAUAUUAAUGUGCUUAUGAUCUUGUAAGUGGAUAUUGUUUCAAACCAUAAAAAUGUGAUGAUAUUUAUGAUCAAUUUACAUGUGAUAGUUUUUUAAUUGCUAAAAGUAAACCUUUAGAAAUAGAUUCUAUAUGUUAUUGGGAUGGAAAGUGUAAGGCUAGAAAUUCAUUUAUUGAUAAUUGUGAAUCUAUUAAAGAUAAAGAUAUUUGUUUACAAGGAGGAUGUUAAUAUGAAAAGGAAGAAUGUAAAGAGAUUGAUUGUAGAAGUAGAAAUAUUAAAGAAUGCAAUGGGGAGUAUGUAGAUCAUUAAGGAAAAGUAUUUGUAUGUUAUGAGAAUAAUGAUAAAUGUGAGUAAAUAUAGACAGAGAAAUUGCAUAAAGUUGUAUGUAAUUCAAUGAUUGGACAUACAUAUAAAGAGAAAUAAUGUAGAAAAUGCAUUUCAUAUGCAGAACAUUGGAAAUGA